UGUCCGACGGCCGUGAAUGCAGCACCACCUCCUCGGUGGUUUUAGGGAAGUGGAUGUCAAAGUGUCCGUCUGCACCAAACUCGUCCAAACAGCCACAACAUGGCAACAGCGCGUCUUUGCGUCCUGGCUGUUGUCCUCUCUGCGACUUUAGGGGAAGACUUUAAAUUAAAAUACAAGCCAGCCACGAAACCUGUGCGGUUAUUCACCGAGGAGGAGCUGAAGAGGCACGACGGCAGCGUGGAGGGACAUCCUAUCUACAUGGCAGUAAAAGGAGUAGUGUUUGAUGUCACCAGGGGAAAAGAGUUUUAUGGAAAAGGUGCAGCAUACAACGCCCUGGUGGGGAAGGACUCCUCGCGAGCUGUGGCCAAGAUGUCCCUGGACCCAGCAGACCUGACGUCAGAUACUACGGGCCUCACCGAGGAGCAGCUGGAGUCUCUGGAGAGUAUAUUUGAAGAGACGUACAAAACAAAGUAUCCCAUUGUGGGUUACACAGCAUCACGCAUCCUCACUGAAGAUGGAAGCCCCGACAAGGCCUUCAAACCAGAGGACCAGCCUCGGUUUCAAAUCAAAGAUGAGUUCUAAUCUCAUUUUACCUUUUUGUAAAAUAUAGUCUUAUCUAUUUAGAAGGGGGGGGCAAUUAAAAAAAUAAACAUCACGCCUCGCAUUCCCUCAACUUAAGUUUUAGUAUGGCUGCCACUAACUAUCAUUUUCGUAAUUGAUAGUGACGAGUCGCUUAAUCCUUCAGUCUAAAGAAAUUAAGUUUUCAAAUUGUAAGUGUUUAAAAAAAAAAAAAAGAGAAGGAAAUUGUCUGAAAAUUGUCUGAAAAUUGAAACGCAAUAUUUGGCCUCGAUAAAUGAUUGUUGUCAAUUUUUCUGUCGGUUGACCUUUCCAUUAAUUGCUUAAACUCUAGAUUUUAGUCUAAAAAUGUUGUCUUUUAAAAUAUUUUGUCCAGCAGAGUAUUUAUAUAAUUAAAAACACUGACUCUGCAGCUCUGUGAAUUUUGUUCUACCGUAUGUUGUUUUUGCACAAUUUAAUUAAAGUCUGUAAAUCUACAAA